CCGAGAGGAGAGGAGAAAGGACGGAGUGUCGUACAGUGCACAAUGAUAUCAUAGAAAGCAUUACACUACUUCACUGUGUACCAACCGCUACAUCUGCAUAGAACAAGCUGCGGUACUGCACCAAACAGCUCGGGAAACUUUCUGCCAUACACCAGACAGCUGUCCACAUCUGGGCGACUGUAUAAAGUAAGAGGCACUGGUACUUUAAAACCUUGUGGCCCAUGGGAGUUUUUAUACCGCAGCUAUCGUGAACCCAUCAGAAGCAGCUGUGAUUUUUGGAGACUUCCGUCACUGGUGCAGUCCUGUUUUCAGUCCAGUUCAGACCUAGAUGCGAAGAGUUUCCAGACACUACAUGGUUCAGUGCAAUAUGCCGUUCCUUUCAGAAGAGGAGGCUACAGCUUAGGCAUUGUAAAAGUGGUUCACAUGGAACAGUUGAAGAAAUUCACACAGUCUCUUCAUGUGGCCUGAAGGACUGUAUGCCACUCAAAAAGUUUUCUAGAAGUCAGUGGUGUGCCCCGCGUCUGAGAGCCGUGUCGGCUCUCGCUCCCUGCCAUGGAUAUGUGAUCUAUGUUUUGUACAGCUACGAUAUUGGAAUAAAACUUCCGUACACUGGAGCAACAGUCCGGGAUACUUUACAUAUUCAAUAAACGAAUGAUGGGACCCUUUUCAACUGUGAAUUGUGUUUCAAUAUAGCUUCAGAUGAAACGAGAAAUGGGGAACUCCGAAAGUCAGUACAGUCUUCAGGGGACACGGAGUCCAGGAGGAAGUCCGUUGUCAGAUUGCAAACAAAAGAACUGCUCUUUAAAAAUUCAUAGCAUUAACGUAGAUGAAGAAAAAGACUGGCCUUCUCCUGGAUGGGGGCGCACAGGCAGCAGCGCUAGCUACAAAUCCCGCUCCCUAGCAAGAACUUGUCUCUCACAAUGUAAGGGUAAUCUACCAUAUUCCUCAAGACAUGGUGAUGUUGUGCUAAAAGGCUCUAAAGUUUGUACCCAUUACAAGCAAAGACCUAAUCUGGCUGGUGAAUGUUGCCAGGCAAAUAACAACACAUAUUUACCGGACAAUGGGUAUCAUUAUGUUGGUGUUGACCCCUCAGUUGACCACAGGGGAUGUAAUGGACAUAUUUUAAGUUGCUAUGAUAUUCACGAUAGCAUGUCUGCAGCACUGCAAGCUGAAGAAAGGAAAAGCCCAAAGGUCUUGAUAAAAACACUUGGAAAAUUGGACGGUUGCCUCAGAGUUGAAUUCCAUAACAGAGGUAAUGGUUUACCUUCUGAGGAAUCUGAUGGACCAGUUCAGCUACUCAGGUACUCUCCUGCUAUGGAAAUGAAGGAGAUGACCCACCAUGACCCUCGGAGGAAUUCUGGUAUGGAGUAUUCUGCAAGCCAGGGCUUGUCAGCAAGUGACUCUGGACUAAGAUCAAGCAAAGGAAGUUCACUAAGUUCUGACUCUUCUUGGUAUGAUUGCCCAUGGGGAAACACUAGAGACAUUAAUGACUUGGAUGGUUCAUAUCUGACCAGGAGUUCCUUAGACACUAGUGUUCAUGGAGGGCUUAUCCCAAAUGAGAGUGGUAUACUUUACAACCAGAGAUCUUCUCUUUCUUCACUACGUGAACUAUACGACUCAGAUUUACAGGGUGGAUUAACCCCCGGUCGGCUUUCAGAUGAAUAUAUAGGUGGCCAUCAUACUUUAAGUAACAGGGUUUCAUUUGCCUCAGAUAUUGAUGUUACAUCAAGAGUAGAACAUAGGGGACCUGCACAUUAUUCUUCAUACACCUUACCUUGCAGAAAAUCAAAGCCUUUAACAGAGGAUGCAUCUAAAAAAGACACACUAAAAAGUCGAAUGAGACGCAUUAGUGACUGGACUGGUAGUCUUUCAAGGAAAAAAAGAAAGCUGCAGGAACCAAAAUGUAAGGAUGCAAGUGAAUGUUUUGACAGUGGAAUUGAUGGCUUUACAGCAGAAACAAGCUCUCCUCCACACCUAUCUAGCAUUUUGUGGUCUGGGGGAUCUGGACCUCUUGCGCAGCCUAGAAAUGAACAUACUAGCCUUAUUGGCAGUGAUGCCAUAAGGCAAAACAUCUAUGAAAAUUUUAUGAGGGAGCUGGAAUUAGAGAAAACCAAUGUGGAGGAAACGGCUACAUCAACAGGUACAGACUCGAGUAAUGACUCUCUCAGUUCACUGGAACAACUUGACCUACUGUUUGAGAAAGAACAAGGAGUUGUCCGCAAGGCCGGGUGGUUGUUCUUCAAACCCCUUAUUACCCUUCAAAAGGAAAAGAAACUGGAGCUUGUGAACCGCAGAAAAUGGAAGCAAUACUGGGUGACACUUAAAGGUUGCACCCUGAUGUUUUAUGAGACCUAUGAGGGAAAUUCUGCAGAACAGAGUACUUCACCCAGAUAUGCUCUGUUUGCUGAAGACAGCAUUGUCCAGUCAGUUCCUGAGCACCCAAAGAAGGAAAAUGUCUUCUGUCUCAGCAAUUCCUUGGGGGAUGUUUACCUAUUUCAGGCAACCAGUCAGACAGAUCUAGAAAACUGGGUUACUGCAAUUCACUCUGCCUGUGCCUCUCUUUUUGCCAAGAAGCAUGGCAAAGAAGAUACUGUCAGGUUGCUAAAAAGUCAAACCAGAAGUCUGAUGCAAAAGGUUGACAUGGACAGCAAAAUGAAGAAGAUGGCAGAGCUACAACUCUCUAUUGUUAAUGACCCAAAGAAUAGAAAAGCCAUAGAAAACCAGAUUCAACAGUGGGAACAGAACUUGGAAAAGUUUAAUAUGGAUCUUUUCCGUAUGCGCUGCUAUUUAUCCAGCCUGCAAGGAGGGGAGCUGCCAAACCCUAAAAGUUUACUAGCAGCCGCUGGAAGACCAUCAAAACUGGCACUGGGAAGGCUUGGUAUAUUUUCAGUCUCCUCAUUCCAUGCAUUGAUUUGCUCUCGGGACGAAUCUGCAUUACGGAAACGGACGUUUUCUCUAUUGCAUAAAGUGCAGAUCAAGAAGAGUUUGUUUUCUUCCCUUAAAGGGCUGGAUACCCUUGCAAGGAGGGGAAAAGAGAAACGGCCUUCAAUAACUCAGGUUUUUGAUACCAAUGGAAGCCAGUCAGGCUCUGGGGCACAGAUUCCACCUAAUUUGAGUGGCUCCAAUGAGCAUGUUGAAGACUUGGUGAAUGUCUAUAACUCAGUUCCAGAAGUCCCCCAAAAAGAAAGUUCUUGGGAAAUCCCAAUAUUCGUCCACUUCUAUGAUGGUCAUGGUGUUACGGUGAAUCUUAGACCAGAGCACAGAGUGGAAGACAUCUUAAACUUGGCAUGUAAAGUUCGACAGUUGGACCCUGGCUUUUUUGGACUGCACAUAAAAAGAAAUGUGGGUGAAAAUGUAGAGUAUUAUGUCCCUUCACCAAUGGACUACAUACAAGAACAGGUGUUUGAUGACCUAGAAAUAUUUCCUAUAGGUAUUUACAAUGUACAUCUUGUCAAGUCUGAAGGAAAAACUGAUUUUGGAUUUGCUGUUGCUGCUCAGGUUGAUGAUCACAACAGUCUUACUCACAUCUAUGUAAGUUAUGUUCACCCUGAUGGACUGGCCUACAGAGAAGGUCUUCGCACAAAAAAUGAAAUCCUCUUUAUCAAUGGAGAAGCCGUUACAGACCUUGACCUAAGGAAAAUGGAGUUCUUAUUCUCAGAGAGGAGUGUCUUGUUAUCAUUGAGGUCUUGUCACGCUGAUGUCAAACCAUCACUAACCUCAUCAUGGCCAGAAAAUUACAUUUUCAAAGAUCAGAUGAGACCUUUACCACCAGUGAACCAGUCUCAGCUCCUAGAGGAAUUCCUGAAUACUUUCCGGAGGAAUUCUAUGAAAGACUUGAGCAAUGUACCAGAUGUUACAAUUGGUACCCUUAAAAGGAGCAGCACAGAUGAUGCUUUGGAUCAGGUGCAGUGCAGGCCAAGAAUAGAUCAAACCUAUAAGAGUGCUGAUCAGAUCUCAGCGUUGUGUCGAAGCUUGCAGGAAGUCAACCAGGACAUGAUGGAUCGACAAAACGAUAGCCCAGACCCUCCAAGGAGACCACUAGCUCGGCACUUAUCAGAUGCAGAUAGACUUCGAAAGGUUAUACAGGAGCUAGUUGAUACAGAAAAAUCCUACGUUAAAGAUUUGAGUUGCCUCUUUGAAUUGUACUUGGAACCUUUGCAAAAUGAAACCUUCCUUACCCAAGAUGAGAUGGACUCUUUGUUUGGCAGUCUGCCUGAAAUGCUUGAUUUCCAGAAGAUAUUCCUCCAAACCUUGGAAGAUGGCAUUUCAAGUUCUACUGACUUCGAAAUACUUGAGACUCCGUCGCAGUUUCGAAAAUUGCUGUUUUCUCUGGGAGGAUCUUUUCUUUAUUAUGCAGAUCACUUUAAACUGUACAGUGGAUUCUGUGCAAACCAUAUCAAAGUGCAGAAAGUUCUAGAAAGAGCUAGAACAGACCCAGCUUUUAAGGAAUUUUUGGAUGCCAGAAACCCCACAAAGCAGCAUUCUUCUACUUUGGAGUCCUAUCUGAUCAAACCAGUGCAGAGGGUUUUGAAAUAUCCGCUGUUGUUGAAAGAAUUAGUGUCCUUGACAGACAAUGAAAGUGAAGAGCAUUAUCAUCUGACAGAAGCCCUAAAGGCUAUGGAGAAAGUGGCAAGUCAUAUUAAUGAAAUGCAGAAAAUCUAUGAAGACUAUGGAACAGUGUUUGAUCAGCUAGUUGCAGAGCAGAGUGGGACAGAGAAAGAGGUUACAGAGCUCUCUAUGGGGGAACUGUUGGUAUAUUCUACAGUCACCUGGCUCAAUAUCUUCCCAUCUCUUGGCAAAACAAGAAAAGAGCUCGAGCUGACAGUGUUUGUGUUUAGAAGGGCAAUUAUUCUCGUUCACAAAGAAAACUUCAAGCUGAAGAAGAAAACGAGUCAGAAUACACGAAGCUCUCAAACCUAUGGUGAUAUUGAUCAGUUUAAAUUCCGCUGGCUGAUUCCUUUGUCUGCUGUUCAGGUCAGGAUGGGAAAUGCUGCAGGAACAGAAAAUAACUGCUUGUGGGAACUUAUCCAUACAAAAUCUGAACUUCAGGGGAGACCAGAAACUAUUUUUCAGCUCUGCAGCAGUGAUUGUGAAAGUAAGACGAGCACAAUUAAAGUGAUACGUUCUAUUCUGAGAGAAAACCUAAGGCGGAACAUCAAGUGUGACCUGCCUCUGGAGAAGACCAAUAAAGAUCGACUGGGUCCAUUAAGAAACAGAAUUCCAAUGUCAGCAAAAUUAGCAUCAACCAGGUCCCUAAAAGUGCUGAAACACAACUCUAGCAUGGAUUGGGGCAAUAGUACAAGGGACAAGGGGAAUGGAAAUGGACUAGAUUCAGAUGAUGGCAGUUUAAGCAGCGGUACACAAAGUAGUGGUUGUCCAACCAUAGAAAGUUUACUUGAUUCCAAAAAUCUGUCUCCAGUCAAGCACCUCAAAAAGAAUGUUGUGGCCCUACCAAACACAACAGUUAAGGAAUCCGAUAUACUCAGUGAUGAUGAAGAUGAUUACAGGUUGUCAAAUGUGACACCCAGCUCUGCAAGUAUGAGGAACAGCCCAAAUCAAGGAAUUGAAGUACACUUCCAGAACCUAAAUAUUUCUGAGCAUUCCAAAACAGAGCCAAAAUAUGUGGAGGCCAAAAUGAUUGAUGCAGAGGGUAACUUCCAACAUGAGGAACACCCAAAACUUGUACGGGGACAUUUCUGUCCGAUUAAACGAAGAGUUACCAGCACAAGACGGGAAAAAGGGAUUACACAAGCAAUGAAGAACCACCAACAAUCUCUUGACAGCCAUUCUGAUUCUGCAAAUAUUGACCUGAAUGCAAUUCUGGAGAGGGAAUUCAGCAUUCAGAGUUUAACAUCUGUAGUGAAUGAAGAGUGUUUUUAUGAAACUGUUGGGAACUGCGGUAAGUUGUAGCUCCUUUAAACAGGGAGGAAAUCCCAGCUUGUAUAAAUGUUAUGUAAUAUAGUAAUGACAUGGAUAUGGGGGUCUCAAAACAGCAGAAGCAUUGAACUGAUUGAAAACUGGGAUUUCCUUGUUUUUUCUUUGCAAGCUACACAUGGACUAGAAAUAGAGAAAAAAACUACUUACUGUAUCUGUUCAUUUUUUUUUCUUGUGCACUACUUCAUGUUGCCACAUAUUAAGUUAUUUUUUAUUUAUUGUGAAUUGGAAUAAUAAAGCUGACCAAAUUCAAAAGUUUUUGAAAGGGUAUCAAAACGUUGUUAUAAUGUAUAAAGUAAGGUAUAGUAUCACAUUAUGCAUGCCGUCAAUGAGAUGGUAGUUAUAUUUUUGAAUAAAACAGUUGAAGGCACGAAAAAAAAUCCUCAAGAUCGGUUAUGUGACAUUAACACUUAUUACACUGAGGAUGAAUUACGCUCAGGUGGGCUGAAGGCUUAGGGCAUUUUUUUUUUCAUAAUUUUUAAGUUAUUUUUGUGUUUUCUGCACCAAUGUGCAGGCAUUUCAUUUUGUACACUACAAUAUGGUUUAUAAAAAAAAAAAAAAAAACGAAAAUCGUGUACUGUAAUAUUUUUGUUGGCUGUAUUUAAUUUUCUUUAUCUUGUACAGUAAAAUGAGUUGUUGCCCUAAAUCGCUGUGGAAUGUUUUUUUUCUU